CCGUUAGCCAACACUUCACUUAAGAAACUCGUGGUUGCACCGCAUUGUUUUUGUUGCGCAGAUUUUCGAUUCGAUUUGAUGUGUGAAAUUGCCUUUGAACCUGGAAGAACCAUAACAGAACCCAGGCAGGAUGUCCAUGCGGCGCCAGCGCAUCAAGGCUCCGGCCAACCUGUCACUCAUCAAGCGCAAGCCGCGAAAGGAGGAGCUGCCCGCGCCGAAGAAGGAGCCGGAGGAGGAGGCGGUGACAGGGGGAGUGGCUGAGUCCCCGACCGCUGCAACGACCCCUGCGGAAUCCGAACUCGAAGCUGAUGCAAUCGCCUUCAAAAUGCCCGCCAGUUCGGCUGGCCAACUGGAGGAGGCUUUCCACUCGGACCUGGAGGACAAUGUCAUUCAGAUGGACUUGCAAAAGACCGUCAGUGGGUUUCCCAUGUCUCCCAGCAAGGCUCAGGCUCGCCAGCGCGUCCGUCCCACUCCGGUUUUUGGCCAGAGGCGCAACAGUUUCGUGGGCUCUCCAAUGGCCAGUGACUACGAGGGCGACUACCAAUCGCCGGCCACACCCACUCGGCGGGAGCGUUACCUCAGUGGCUCGUCGACGGGUACACCCCAGCAGCAACAGGUGGCUUCGCCCAUGCCUCAAUCGCCCUACAAAUACCUCCCGCCAGUGAGUCCCGGCAUGGGACGCAUUCGCACCGAGUCCACCUGUUCCACCUAUUCCGAAGGUGGCGGCAAGCAGCGGAAGGAUGAGAAGUCCCAAAGCCAAGGUGGACAGCGGUUGAAUGCCCGGCGGGACUUCGAGACGCGCUUCAACAAGGGUGUGCCCGACAAGUCGACGUUCAAGAUGAUGGACAUGAUCUACUAUAAUCCAGAGAACAAUCCCAUGGUGCCCAAGCAGUCGGUGACGACCAUUAAGGAUGAGUCUAAUAGUGAGGAUGCCAAGCCCUCGUCAGAUCAGCUGCUAGAAGCCAAGGGAGAGGGCACAUCCGCCAUGCUAGUCCCUCAGCUAAAGCUCGAUGCCAAUGGCGAGAUGAUCAUUGAUGAGAAAACCCUGGAGAUCGAAACCACGGCCGAGGUGGAGGCCCGCAAGGUUCUGGCCAACUCAUCUCUUAUCCUGAUGGACGAGACUACCGGUGACAACGGAUUCUACAAGCGCCAUAAGCGUACGCCUUAUUGGACUUCCGAUGAGACAGUCCGUUUCUAUCGCAGCCUGCAGAUCAUUGGUACUGACUUCUCGCUGAUGUGCCAAAUGUUUCCCACGCGCUCUCGUCGGGAUCUGAAGCUCAAGUACAAAAAGGAGGAACGCACCAAUGGGCAGCUGAUCAACAAGGCGCUGCUCUAUCCCAAAGCCUUCAACAUUCAGGAGCUAAAGGACCAACUGGCUGAAGAGGAUCGGGAGCGGGAGGAGAAUGAUCGCCAGUGGAGAGAAAUUGCGCGCGCUAUGCCGGGGAACCCUAAAAAGCGUGCACGAUUACAACAGCAAAGCAAGGCGUCACGUACACUGAACGAUGGUGAUUUAGUUUACGAAAACGAGCAUGUGACAAAUAAGAAGCUUGGCAAGCAGGCUUGGGCCAAAAGACGCAAAGAUUUGGAAGCCGACGAGAACGACGGAAGUGCACCCGCCAAGCGAAAGCCCAAGGCUAGACGACGUCCUCCCAAAGUUCCAGUCCCAGCCGCAGCAGAGGGUCAGGCGGAUCUGGCACCCAUUAAGCAAGAGAAAGCGAUAAAAACCGAACAAACAGGAACAAAUGUACCUUCCGGAGGAGAACUGCAGGCUGAGCUAAAUGGACUUCUGAUGGAUGAUCCAAAGGAAUAUGAAGUAGAUGUAAGCAAGCCCCGUGAUAAAACCAUCAUCAAUAUGGAUGACGGUACCCUAAGCUAUGUGAGCGACGUGGAAACCGCAACUGAGGCGCCAAAUCGACAGUCGGAAACAUAUUUCAUUAACUUCAUUGAAGAAGAGCAAGGCCAUGAAGUUAUAACGCCGGAUGACCCCAUUCCGCCCACCACUGCCGAGCCGGAUAUCGAACAAAUCCUCGCCGAACUGGCGGAGGGAUCCUUGGCCCUCGUCUCGUCUUUGGAUCCAGAGCACGAAGACCGGGUGCUCAACGAAAUCUACAUGCUAGACAAAAAGACGGGCGAAUUGUGCGAAACACCGCUGAACAUACCAGAGCAUAUUGUUCAAUGCAUAUUGAAUGUUAUGCAGCUAGAGGACUAACAACAUUUUAUAUUACUACUUUAAGAGUAUUUGUUAAACAUUAUAAUUUAUUAAAGCAUUUCGAUAGAAGCAUUUAAUUAAGUA